AAUGCGUUUUCAAAAGACUGUCCCUUUAAGACUUUUCCCUGGAAUGUUUACCUUUCCUCAAAGGGCAUGUAACCCGGCUCCGCCCACUCAGGACGACUAAUCUAUUUCUUACACUAGCCCCGCCCACUCAGGCCGGCUAAUCUAUCGCGCGUUAACGGAUCGCACGCAAACACGUGCAGAUUGCGCCGCUGUUAUGACUUUCUCACGAGUUAAUCGUUAACUGAGCUGCAGACACGAUCGCGGAGGUCUGUUUUGUAAAGUGUCUGUUCGCAGGCUGACUGGAUUCGGGCAGCGCAGAUUCGUUAUGGCAGCUCUGCGUGCAGCAAAACAAGCUUUGAGAAGAGAAAUCAAGGGUCGAGUGGCUGCGCUGAGUGAUCAGGAGAAACUGAGACAGUCUCGAGUCGUCUCGCAAAAGUUGUUCAGACAUCCCAAAUACCUGUCCAGCCAGCGCGUCGCCGUCUUCCUGAACAUGCAUGAUGAGGUGCGCACCGACGACAUCCUCCAGGACAUCUUCAAGAGGGGCAAAGCCUGCUUCAUUCCCAGAUACUUCACCAAGAGCAGCCACAUGGACAUGCUGCGACUCCGAGACACGGAGGAUGCGAAGACGCUGCCGCUCACGUCCUGGAACAUCCAGCAGCCAGCAGACGACGACGACAGCGGCAGAGAAGAAGCCCUGGCCUCAGGAGGACUAGAUCUUAUCCUCGUGCCCGGUUUGGGAUUUGAUAAGAAGGGGAAUCGGCUUGGCAGAGGAAAGGGUUUCUACGACACGUAUCUGGAGCGCUGCAGGACGCACCCGAAGGGAAAGCCGCACACCAUCGCCUUGGCUUUCAAAGAGCAGCUGUGCGACGAAGUCCCAGCGGGCGAACACGAUUUUCUUAUUGACGAAGUCCUCUGCGAAGACGAGGAACGAACUGCGCCAGACAGACCUUGAUUUCAGCGGCGCUCGAAGUCAUCCGGAUUCAAACGAUUCCCGCGACGCCGAUCCCGUUUCUGAAUGAAAUGCAUUGAAUAUCCUUGGAUGCAAUCCAUACUCUCGAAUCAAAUAAUGUCUGGGGACAUCUUUCAGAGAAGGGUUUCUGUAUCAGCGUAAGAAUUACCAAACGCUAAAAAAAGCAGUCUGUGCUGACAUUAAAGGAUAAGUUCACUAAAAAAUGGAAUUACUUGCACUAUAUUCAUGUCUUCUGAAGUCAUUCUAUAUAGCUCGGUGUGAAGUACAGGCUUAUUUGAAUUUUGAUAGAAAGUAAAGUUCUGAAAUGAAUAACUUUA